AUGGCGGGAGGCCAGUGCAAUGACAUGGUCCUCCGUACCUUAUUCUUGGAACAUCUACCAGAUAACGUACAUACCAUCUUAGCUAUUAGCGAAGUGGUUGAUUUAUCUAAAUUAGCGCUACAAGCAGAUAAAAUAUUUGAGAUGUCAAAUACUAAUGUAAAUCAAAUCUGUUUAAGCACACAGAGUAAUAACGCAGGUAAUUCAAAUAAUAUCAAGACAGAAAUUAACGAACUAAAAGCUACUAUAGAAGCUCUAACAAGACAGUUUAAAGAGUUACGCAGUAAACAACGUAGAGUUAGAAACAGAUCCAGAAGCAGAUUCAGAAGUAGAUUCGACAGACGCAACAUAUCUCCAGCACCGAUACAGCAGGAAGAGUCAGGAGUUUGCUACUAUCAUCGCAGAUUUGGGAAAGAAGCUUAUCGUUGCUUACUACCAUGUAACUGGAAAAAUGAAAACUCGGAAAACUAG